AUGCCACGUCUUGGCCGUACGCGUAAGCUAUUGGUCACUGACUGCCACGUGAUCCACCGCUACCAACGUAAAACCUCUAACCUGUUCGACACGUACAAGUGUCCACGUAAAAAACGGCACGUAUCGGCGACGAAAACACGGGAAAACUACGGAAACGGAUCCGCUAGUAUGGUUUAUCCGGAUUCACCUUUCGGAUGUAAUUUCGACUGCGACGUGUUGCUCGAAACGGCACAGGAAAAAUCACCACACGCAGCGGUUCAAAAUUUCGAAUUGCACGACUAUUUGAAAUGGUUGUGCGCUUCGCCGAAUUACACGUCGUUUCGUGUGAACACCUUGAGAUGCACGACCGAUGACGUCAGGAAGGAUUUGCAAUUAAAAAUCGAUCUGAUUUUUGGAAACGGUGCUAUUUUGGUGGAGAAGCACGAUAAAUUACAAGACGUUUUGAUAAUCAAACAUCCCGAAGUAACUGGGCAGUUGGGAAAGCAUGAAAAAGAAGUUAUUGUGGACGCGGAAUGCGCAACGGCUGUUUUACGUGGAGCGCACAUUUUUGCGCCCGGAAUUCUUGGCAUGUUAUCAGGCACACAAUUGGGGGAUAAAGUGAGCGUUUACGCUGACAUCUCAAAAAAAUGCAAAAAAGGACUUCAAAAAGUUUAUCCUGAGUGCGACAAAAUAUUUGUAGCCAACGGAAUUGCCAAAAUGCAAAGGCAAGAGCUUUUCGGCGAAAAUCUGACUCCAAAUGGAAUAGCAGUUGAAAUAUCAGAGACGAUUUCCGGUUGUCCUUCAAUACCAGAUAACAUUUUGGACACAGGUUUGAUUCUCUUACAGAACGUGCCUUCCAUAAUUUGCGUUCAAAACUUAAAUCCCCAACCUCGUGAAGUAAUAUUGGACAUGUGUGCUUCCCCGGGCAAUAAAACCACGCACAUAGCAGCUCUAAUGAAGAACAAAGGAGUUCUUAUAGCUUUGGACAAGACUAUUCCAAAAGUUAUACAGUUAAAAAAAAGAUGCGAAGAAUUCGGUACGAAAGUUUUAUCGUUUCAAGCUGAUUCGACCAAAAUCUUAGAUUCUACGUCCGGAAAUUUAUUUGAAGAAGGUCCACCUUUCAGACCCGAAACUUUCGACAGGAUUCUUCUUGAUGCCCCAUGCAGUGCAGUCGGUAGACGACCACAGUUACUUAACACUUCCUCAGAAAAAGUUAUACGGUCAUACGUUCCCCUACAAAGGAAACUAUUCGAAACUGCUGUGUCCUUGUUGAAACCUGGUGGACGUUUAACAUACAGUACAUGUACGAUAACGCUGGCGGAAAAUGAAGGACUUGUGGCUUGGGCUUUGAAGAAAUUUGAUUGCCUCGAAAUCGUAAAGCAGGAUAUUCACUUGGGAGGCUGCGGCUUGUCUGGAUCUGAUUUAACUGAGGAACAAAGAAAAUUGGUCCAGAGAUUUGGACCUUAUGAUGGUGUUGAUUCUGUUGGUUUUUUCAUUUGUUGUUUCAAUAAAAAAAUAUAAGAA